GCAUGCGUGUUUUAUCUAAGAAAAGAAGGAAGAGCGUUACGUGGAAGGAAGUUGCCUGUCCUCUCAUUGGUUUGUGAUUAUCACUUACUCAUCAUAUAAACUCAAGGUGCAGUCACAUACCCAGGGAUACAGGACACGACAGACUCCUGAGAGACACAACACAGAAUUGCACCAUGCCAAACUACAAACUCACUUAUUUUAAUAUGAGGGGGAGAGCAGAAAUUAUUCGUUACAUAUUUGCUUAUUUGGACAUACAGUAUGAAGAUCACAGAAUAGAACAAGCUGACUGGCCUGAAAUCAAAUCAACUCUCCCAUUUGGAAAAAUCCCCAUUUUGGAAGUUGAUGGACUUAUCCUUCACCAGAGCCUAGCAAUAGCAAGAUAUUUGACUAAAAACACAGAUUUGGCUGGAAACACAGAAAUGGAACAAUGUCAAGUUGAUGCUAUUGUGGACACACUGGACGAUUUCAUGUCAUGUUUUCCUUGGGCAGAGAAAAAGCAAGAUGUGAAAGAGCAGAUGUUCAAUGAGCUGCUCACGCAUAAUGCGCCUCAUCUGAUGCAAGACUUGGACACAUAUUUAGGGGGGAAAGAGUGGCUUAUUGGUAACUCUGUGACUUGGGCAGAUUUCUACUGGGAGAUUUGCAGUACCACGCUUUUGGUCUUUAAACCUGACCUGUUGGACAUCCAUCCAAGGCUGGUGACUUUACGGAAGAAAGUCCAAGCCAUUCCUGCCAUCGCUAACUGGAUAAAACGAAGACCCCAAACCAAACUCUAGCUGAUCCAUGUUGCCUUCAAGUUUGUUGUUCUUGGGGCAUCUCUCUCACCAGAUAAGACAGGUACAUCAGCCUGCCAGAUAAUCCAUAUGUUCCCUCCCCAACUCCACCAAGAUUUCCACCUUAGCCAUAUUCUGAUUUUUAAAAAGGAAAACACAAACAAAUCUUUCUGCAGUA